AUGACCACGCUCGAGACAUCAAUCGCCGGCCUGAUAAAGACCUUUGAUAAAUAUGCCGGGGGUGAGGGAAAAAAAGACACCCUAACCAAAGCUGAGAUGAAGACUUUAGUGGAGACGGAGCUUCCUAGCUUGAUCAAGGGAGCGAAGAACCCAGCUAUGUUGGGUGAGCGACUGAAGGACCUGGAUUUCAAUGGUGACUCCGAGGUCGACUUCAAGGAGUUUGUGGUGUUUGUAGCUGUCCUGGCCUGCGCCGCCCACGGCCGUGCCUGCAAGAAGUGA